AUGAAAUUAGGAUUAACAUGGAAAUAAUAUUAUUUUAUAAUUUAUUAUANUUAUGAUAGUUUUAAAUUAGCUGUGAGAUAUCAUAAUGGAAGUAUAACAGCUGAAGCUAUUUACAGUUUCUUUUUUAGUGGGAUUGCUAAACUAUUCAAUCUAAUUUAUGUAAAAUAUUCAAUUUAAUCAUUUAUAGGAUUCAUUGAAUCGAUGUAGAUUGAAGAGACAUAAUCUUAUUUUAAAUUGUUUUGCAUCAUUUUCAUUAUGUUUAUGUUGUCUUUGUGAGAAUUUCAUUAUGUACAUUAACAAUUAUGCAUUCGUUUAUAUUGUAAUGACAUCAGCAGAUUACUUUGAAUCAAGCAAGGCUGUUCAUUUUACUAUCAAAAGAAAUAAUUAAGAUUUUGAGACUCUUUCUGGAUUAGGGGAACAAUUUACUCAUUAUAGUAAAAUGUUCAUAUUUCUGGUUACUACCUUUGGAACAUUUAUUUAUGUUAAAGAAUAAACAGAUUUUACACUUCAAUUGUAUACUUUUGUUAUAAUUGCAUUUAUCACAUUGUCAAUAGCCACAUUAUUUAUGGAUAUGUUUGGACAAAGUGCAGAUGCCUUAAUUUUAGCAUACUUUACUGAUUGUGAAGUGUAGAAGUAUCAUUUUGGACUUGAUGAGUGUGGUUCAUGUCCUCCAUAAAUAAAGGAUUAAGUAUAAAAUAUAAGGGAAAAAUAAAAGAUUUACUAUGGUUGA